ACACCCUUAUGGUCUAAGCAUACACCAAUAGGAAGUUAACACGAACAUAGAUGUACACGCGUGUAUUGAACUUUCGGUAUCUAUUUCUUUGCAGAUUGAGCACUUCAUUAUUGUUUUAAAAAUGAAAGAAAAUUUCAUUUAUUUCUCAUUUGUAAUUUCAUUUGUGAUAGUUAUACUCUGGACAAGUUCUGUAAAAGCUAAAGGAACACAAUAUGUGACAUGUGGUUCUACUUUAAAAUUAAUGAAUGUGGAUUAUAAAGUAAGAUUACAUUCUCACGACAUAAAGUAUGGAAGUGGAAGUGGUCAACAAUCAGUAACAGGAACUUCAGCAAAAGAAGAUGGAAAUUCUUAUUGGCUUGUAAAAGCAGGAACAAAGAAACAGUGUACAAGAGGAACGCCGAUCAAAUGUGGAGAUAUUAUAAGACUAGAACAUAUAGCAACAAAAAAGAAUCUUCAUUCACAUCGUGUUAGUUCACCACUUAGUGGUAAACAAGAAAUAUCUGCUUAUGGUGACAACAAGGGAGAAGGUGACAAUGGCGACAAUUGGCUUUUAGUAUGUCAGAUUGAAUUUUGGAAGAGAGAUGAACCUGUUAUGUUAAAUCAUGUAGAUACAGAUACAUACUUAGCAUUAAGUGGAAGAAUUUAUGGUAAUCCUAUUAAUGGUCAGACUGAAGUAGUGGGUGAAUAUUCUGCUAGGUCUCCUCAUGUUGAAUGGGUAACAACAGAAGGAGUAUUUAUUCACCCUAAUGACUUUAAAGCUCAACACCAUACACAUACAGAAUUAUAAAGCAAAUUCUUUAGUUAGAUACAACAUUUUUUAUGGCAAUAGUCUUAUAAAAAAAUAAUUCAAUAUAAACUGAAAUUAUGUAAAAAGAUCAGUAUCUGAUUACUCUGCAUUUCUAUAGAGAAAAAUUCUUCUUAAUAGUAUAAAAAUAAUUUAUAUGAUCUUAUAUAAUAUAUAAGAAGAUAAUUCCAUUAUUAAUAAUUUUCAAAAAAAAUUGUAUAUUGCCAAAAAAUUACUGUUACCUAUUUUUAUGAUCUAGAAAACAGCCAAAUAAAAUGAAUAAUUCUGAUUGCUUUUGUUAUGAUCUUUAUUGUAUGUGUGAAUGUAAUAACAAAAAAUUAUUUCAUGAUACUGUAUUUAUGAAAAUUUAUAUGAAGAGUGCAGUAUGAUUUGUGCAAAUGUAUAAAUGUGUAAAUGUAUUAAAUAGAUGUGAUAUUUAUUACAAUAUAAUACAAUUUACAGUAAAUAAGAAACGUGUAUUUCAUUGUAUGUAUACACAUUCAUGAAAAGAUGUAUAAACAUAUUUUAAUAAUUAGUUUUUGUAAUAAGUGUUUCCAUUUUGCAUUAUAUUUGCUUUAAUUCAUAUCUCCCAUUAAGGUCUCUAGUCCCUAUAAGACCGUUAUAUGGGAAAAUAAUAUUUGAAAGACCAUAAUUUCCAAAAAUUUCUCUUAAAGUUUGUUUUCCUGAUAUAUUUGCAUACCGUUGUUUACCUGACAUACAACUAUGCAAUUUCCAUGUUGCAUAUACCAAACAAAUACACAAGAUAGAGACUAAUAUGUCAAACAUUAUUACAAGUAGUAUGUAAGUACUUUCUCUAGAAUGCAAUAAUCUAACAAGAGCAAUAGGAAAACAGAAAUUCAAAAAUAUAUUGAAGGAAUCCGUAUCUGUUCUUAUUACACGAUUAAUAUUGUCAUAUAAGUAUGGCCCAAGAGUACACAAUGAAUAUAUACAUGUCAGAGAUGUAUAAAAACAAAAUAGAAUAAAAUUACCUAUAUUUUGUCUUAAUAUACAGGCACCCAAGAAAAAACAAUGAUGAUCACGAAAAUGGAA